AUGUCGCUCGAUCCGCCAACAUACCUCGCUUCCCUCCAGAGCAACAUCCGCCAGCGGCCUAUUCCCUGGGAAGGAGCGGUCCGCGCCGGCACACUCACUGAGGACCAGCACGCCCAGAUCCGCGCCGUGGACAAGGCUAAGAAACCCGAGCAGCGAAGAGCCAUCGUUGAGGAAGACCUCGAUGGCUACCGCUUGCUUUUUGUCGGCGGCGAUGGCAAGCCCAGCGUUCUUGAGACGGCCGCCAAGCAGGCCAACGUUAUCCAGUAUAUCCUUGUCCUGCUUGCCGAUGUCCUCGACGCUGUCCCAUCCCUAGCCAAAGCUAUCUUCAAGAACCCCGAGCCAUACACGCACUUUCUACCACUUCUUCACUCCAACACUACCGAGGACCAUAUCCCUCUGCUCACCUCUCACGCAUUGACGACGCUGAUGGCUCUCUCGCGUGACGAGUCGCAGGCCACCCUCCGUGCCCUGCCUGUCCUCUUUACAUACAUCUCCGGCCUAGCCAAGAGCACCGACGCCGGCCUGCAAGAUAUUGCCGUGCAGGAAUACUCGACGCUGCUCAACGGCCACGCCUCGCGCGAGCAGUUCUGGAACCAGCGCAGCGAGACGAUUGCGCCGCUCAUCAAGAUUCUCCACAGUGCCGCAGGAGUCAGCAACUCGGGCAAUGCAUCAGCUACCCUGUGGAACGGAAGCACCAAUGGUCGCACAGCCGGUAUCGAAGGGUCCGUCGGUGGCGGCGUUGGCCUACAGCUGUUGUACCAUGUCUUGUUGGUCAUGUGGCAGAUGAGCUUCGAGGCUGAAGAGAUUGGUGAUGAUCUCAACAACGAGUACGACAUUGUUCUCCUGUAUACACACCUCUUGCGACUGUCGCCCAAGGAAAAGACGAGCCGACUGAUUCUUUCGACACUCUACAACCUGCUAUCCAAGAACCAAACAUCACUGCUGCCCACGGCGGUUCUCGCACGCCUGCCGCCUCUGCUGGAGACGCUCGGCGGCCGCCAACUUAACGAUACCGACUUACUCGAUGAUCUCCAGAAUCUCAAGGACAUGCUCGAGGAAUACACCAAGACCAAGACGACCUUUGACGAAUAUGUAGCCGAGGUACAGUCUGGCCAUCUGCGUUGGUCACCGCCUCACAGAAGUCAGGUAUUCUGGGCAGAAAAUGCGCGAAGAAUUCUGGAACACCAGAAUGGUGAGAUUCCUCGUCAACUGGCCGAGAUCAUGAAGAAGCCUUGGGACAACGACAAGCAAGUGCUGGCCAUUGCCUGCAACGACGUCGGCUGCCUGGUUAAGGAAGUACCAGAGAAGAGAUGGCGUCUAGAAAAGGCAGGCCUCAAGACGAGAAUCAUGGAGCUUAUGCAGUCGGAAGACGAAAACGUGCGAUGGGAAAGUCUGCGAGCGUUGGGAGGCUGGCUCAAGUAUAGCUUCGAGCAGACGGCCUAA